ACAGAAAUACUCAAACCAGCCCAUCUGGCACCAACAAUCAUGCAACGCUCCAGAUCACAGAGAUCAAAUUUUUCCCCAUUCUGAUGGUUGAUUUGAAAAUUAACUGAAGCUCCUGACCCAUAUCUGCAUGAUUUUAUGCACUGCACUGCUGCCACACGAUUGGUUGAUUAGAUAAUCACAUGGAUGAUUGUUGGUGGCAGACGGGUUGGUUUGAGUAUUUCUGUAACUGCUGAUCUCCUGGGAUUUUCAUGCACAACAGUCUCUAGAAUUUAUUCUGUGCAGAGGGCUGCGAUUAAAAAGAUAAAUAGUCUGCUCGCUUCAAAGGUUAUUGCGCUGCUCUGUCCAGUCUAUAUUAGGUUAGAGCAUUAUUACAGUGUUUUCAGUGCGAUUCUGUGCUCCACAACUCCAUCUCAUGCUUAGAGUAACAGAAGUCCUCUUAGUUCAGUUCCGUUUGCUUAAGUGCGCCAAGCGCUUUAUUUACACUCAGACAGUGCUCUAGGAUGGGUACAAUUUGAAUAUGAAGAAGACAGUGUUUUUUCUUUGUUUCACUGUUUAUAUAUUUAUUUGUUUGUGGGUGAAUUGAAAAAAGGUCUCAGUUUUUUUUUUUUUUGUUAGUUUUUUUAAUGGACUCAAGUGUGAAAACCCCAGUAGCCUUUUGGCAGAUGAACACCUGAAAAACUUUUUUUUGUCUAUCAUAAGUUCAAAUCGCAAUAUUUUUCAAAAUAAUCACAUCAAAAAUCAUGUCAUCAAAAAUCGAAAGUCAUACGCAGCUGGGAUGGCAUGAGGCAUGGCUAACAACAAGAACAGCACGCUCCGUUGUACUUUUUCGGCCCCCAGCCACAGCAACACUCUCCUGAGGGGGUUGUCUGCCUUGCGUGACCAGGGUCAGUUGCUGGAUGUGGUUCUAGCCAUUGAAAACGAACGCUUCGAGGUUCACAAAGCGGUUUUGGCCUCCUGCAGUGACUACUUCAGAGCCAUGUUCACUGGAGGAAUGAAGGAGUCAAACCAGGACACCAUAGAGCUACAAGGUCUUUCAGCCAAAGGACUGAAGCACAUUAUUGAUUUUGCCUACAGUUCUGAGGUCACGUUGGACCUGGACUGUAUUCAGGAUGUUCUCGGAGCUGCUGUGUUCCUGCAGAUGGUUCCUGUGGUGGAGCUUUGUGAGGAGUUUCUCAAAUCAGCCAUGAGUGUAGAGACUUGUCUGAACAUUGGCCAGAUGGCCACCACUUUCAGCCUCUCCUCCCUUAAACAGUCGGUCGAUGCAUUCACUUUCCGUCACUUCCUGCAAAUCGCUCAGGAAGACGACUUCCUUCACAUUUCAAUGGAACGACUGGUUUUCUUCCUACAGAGCAACAAAUUAAAGAACUGCAGUGAGAUCGACUUGUUCCAUGCAGCGAUCCGCUGGCUGCAACAAGACGAAUCCAGGCGAGCUGCCGCCAGUGAAGUGCUCUGCCAUGUGCGCUUCCCGCUAAUGCGAUCGUCUGAGCUGGUGGACAGCGUCCAGUCUGUCAACAUAAUGGUGGAGGAUGUGCAGUGUCGUCAGUUCCUCCUAGAGGCCUUCAAUUAUCAGAUCCUUCCUUUCCGACAGCACGAAAUGCAGUCACCGCGAACUGCCAUUCGUUCCGACGUCACAUCCUUGAUCACUUUUGGUGGAACACCAUACACUGACAACGAUCGCACUGUUAGCAGCAAAGUUUACUAUCUACCUGACAUCACAGCACGACAGUUCAAAGAUUUGAUGGAGAUGGAGAUGGGAUGCAGCCAUGCAUGCGUUUCGGUUCUCAACAAUUUUGUGUACGUGGUCGGUGGGCAGCAUCUGCAGUACCGCAGUGGAGAGGGCGCAGUAGACAUCUGCUUCCGCUACGACCCUCAUCUCAACCAAUGGCUUCGAAUCCAACCUAUGCAGGAGAGUCGCAUUCAGUUUCAACUCAACGUUCUCCAUGGACAACUUUACGCUACAGGGGGCCGCAACAGGUCUGGCAGCUUGUCUUCUGUAGAAUGCUACUGCCCCAAGAAAAACAAGUGGACCUACGUGGAUUCUUUGAAGAGGAGAAUCUGGGGUCAUGCCGGAGCUACGUGUGGGGAGAAACUCUACGUCUCUGGGGGUUACGGUGUGUCCGUGGAGGAUAAGAAGACUCUACAUUGUUACGAUCCAGCCUCUGAUCAGUGGGACUUUAGGUGUCCCAUGAAAGAGCCGCGAGUCCUGCAUGCUAUGAUCAGCGUGAAUAACCGUGUUUAUUCCCUUGGUGGCAGAAUGGACCAUGUCGACCGCUGCUUCGAUGUUCUGGCUGUAGAGUAUUACAUUCCAGAAACUGAUCAAUGGACAACAGUCAGUCCAAUGCGUGCUGGCCAGUCUGAAGCUGGCUGCUGCUUACUGGAUAAAAAGAUCUAUAUAGUUGGAGGAUACAACUGGCACCUCAAUAAUGUCACAAGUAUUGUGCAGGUUUACAACACUGAAACAGAUGAGUGGGAAAGAGAUCUUCAUUUUCCAGAAUCUUUUGCCGGAAUUGCUUGUACGCCUAUUAUAUUUCCUCAAACCACCACCCAACACUAAGAGUUUGGUUAACACAAAACACACAUUCUCUUAUAUUUUCAUUUUUCUUUUACAUUUUAAGGUUUAAUGUCUACCCCAAAAGCAGCAGAAGUAAUUACAAGAUUGAUUUGAAGGUUUUGUAUGCAAGCUUUUGCCUUAUGAAAAGAUAUCUCUGAAUAUUCAUGAUUCAAAGGGAUGGUUCACCCAUAAAUUUACUCAACCUCAUGUACUUCAAAACCUUUAUGGCUUGAUUAUGACCAGUCUUCUGUGGAACACAAAAUGCAGUUAUUUACAGUAGAAUGUUCAAGCUACUCUUUUUCAUGCAAUGAAAGGCAAAUAGUUCACAAUUGCUAACAACCAAGAUCUUCAAGGUAAGAUUUUAAGUAAAUUAUGAAUUCAAUUUCAGUCUGUUCUUCAUGCAAAUAUAUCAUACGACUUCAAAAGACUUGGAAUAUGGUGCACAAGUCAUGAGGACUACAUUUAUAAUGCUUUUAUGGGGCUUUUUGGAGAUUGACAGCCCUUGAUCACCAUCCAAUUUCAUUGUAUGGAAGAGAGCAGUGUUAACAGCUAAACAUCUCUUCUUGGUGUUCUAGAUAAGAAAGUUAGUCAUGAGUUUGGAAUGACAUGAGUGUGAGUAAAUGAUUACAGAAUCACUUGAAGGUGCAUUCACACCACUGCUGCUUAAUGUCAUGAAAGUGUAAACAUUUUUGAUAAGCAUGUUCAGAACAUUAAGCAUCUUACUGCACUUCUCAAGCAGUCUAUGUGAUUCUUAUUGGUACUUGUACAAAAUUCUUGUUCAUUACUGUGAAAAGGGCAAUGUCGUCAGCCCUCUAUCUUCCUAAAUUUCCUGUUUCCAACUGUUACUGUAUUUAAAACAAGCAACAGAGGUGGCUAAAUUCACAUGCGCAAUGUUUUUUUUUUUUUUUUUUUUUUUGAACACUUCAGGGAACAAUUGUGAGAUUUGUUAUUUAUUUUUAUUACAAGGAAACAACUUUUAAAACCCAACAAUCUCAUUGUUAUAGCCAUUUUAUAUUCAAACUGAAAAAUCAAAUUUUGACAAAAACAAAUAGAUAUUCACUGGGUAAAAAUGUUUAUAACCUUUGUCUACCUACAGGUUUUGUUUCACAAAUUAAGGUAGCACAUUUAAUUAUGCACUUUCAUGUUCAAUGUAUUCAAACAUGAAUUUACAGACAAAGAUUAAAACAGUGUAAUGUUUUCUCUGAAUGUGUAAUGUGCACAGUCGAUGUUUAGAGACUGGAUCAAAUUUGUUUAACAAUGCCAGAAAAUGGUGGUCUUGCAUGAAUAACAGACAUUCACGGUCGCUUUUCAAGCGAUGUGUGCAUUAAGAAUAUGAUGAAUUUGGUUGUUGUUGAUUACAUUUAUGUGUUAAUGUUGGAGUUCUCAAAUUUUCUUUAAGGUUACAAAUAUUUUUUUUGAAAAAAAAAAAUUUGGUUUCCAACUACACAAAAUAUAUUUAUAUUCUCUAAAUAUAGAGAAGUACAUUCUCUAUAUUUAGCUAAUUUGCCAUAUGAAUAACUGUGCAUAAAUGUGAAGCACAGUGAAUAACUGUCACCUUUAGCUCAGGACUCAUCUAUGUUGUAGGGCUGUCAAAAUAAAAUUCGAAUAUUCGUCGAAUUUAAGAUAAAUACGCACAUUCGAAUGCUAAAACUGCGCAUUCGAUUUUUGGAUGCCAAGCACUGGCGGUGACUUCAGACCAAUCGCAUUCUUGCGCUAAAAAAAGGCUAGACACAGUGCAACAAAUACAGUUUAACAGAAACUAGGUAUCUCGAGAGUUCUUUUUAAAUUGACAUGGCAUCUAAAAAACAGUGCUCCUGAAGCAAAACAAAGAUGUCCGUCUAGCGUGUUUACAUAGAAAAACAAAUGGUAAACUGGAUGGUGGUAAAAGCGUUCGGUGUGAACAGCCCCUUACAGUUGGUGGAGGUCUUUGGCUGUUGCAUCUUGCUCUCUUAUCAGCAUUGCUCAGAUUAAGCAAUGGGGUUGUCUGUAAAGGAGUCCAAGUUGGAAAUGUGUGUCUCGAGAUCCUCGCGUUCUGUUCCUUUCUGUUGUGUUCCAUCUGUUUGAACAACCCCUGACCAGGGAUCAUGAGCCGCUUUACCAACGAGUUCAGCCGAAUACCACUGUUAUCUGGGAAUAAUUCUACCCUACAUAUAGCUGUAAUUGAAAAACACUGUGGGAUAUCGCUGUUAUUAUGAAGUUUGAGUCUGUGGUAGUAUAUGCUGUAGCACCAGUGCAAGUGUAACACCCUGUUAACACAGAACUGCCUACUGAAGCGUUUCCCCCUCGUUUUUUCUUUUGACUUAAAAUUUGAGAAUAUGAACAGACUUUUUUUAUUUAUUUUUUUUAUGCACAAGUUUAAAAUUGAAUGUUGUUGUUUUUUUAUUUUUAUUUUUAUUUUUUUUUUAACAGCCAGGAAUGUUCUUUGCAAUACUAUAACACGGUGCUCUAUUGUUAUAUGUAUUCAAUGCGCUCUCUUGUGGAUUAAGGAAAUAACAUCAAUUUAAAAAAUCAGCUGACUUUAAAAUUUGAAUUUAGAUUUCUGCCCAAUUGACAGCCCUACUAUGUUGUACUAAUGUUGGAAACCUUAAAAUGUUAAGGUGGACAACACCUGGUUAAGUUGAGACUGUUGAGUUAGUCAGCUGGGUCUCAACACAUUAUCAAAUGGCUUUUAAUCUUCUCCUAUCAGACUAAUUUCACAGAUCAGCCUUAAUUAACCUGUUUAAAGCACCACAAGUGAUGUUACAAAAAGUAAAAGCCCAGUCAGCUUUUCCUUUUUUAUAUCACAUCAUUAGUUUCCAUCUUUUAUAUUUUAUUUUUCAAGAAAACUCAUUGUACAAGUUUUAUGAAUUUCUCAUUUAUAGCAUGAAGUUACAUAAGAAAUGUUUAAUCAUUUUGUGGAAGUAUAAUAAAUGCAAUUCUUAAUUUGAUGUAUAAAAUUAUGUAUUACAUUUUAAAAUGUUUGGUAUUAAACAUUUUGAAAGAUCA